UUGCAGUUCUUCGAUGGCUCUCCUCUUUUUCAAAGAUGACGAAGCCAGCCGUCAUUUCUUCCUGCCUUUGGUCCGUCAGGCAGUCGGUUGGGACCUGUUGCUACCUUCGUUAUUUUCUGCAAUACAGUGGAUACAGUUUGUUAUGGCUACUCUGAGUGUUAUAGGUUCAAGUUCACUUAUUGCCUAUGCUGUAUUCCAGAACAUACAGAAAUCUCCAGAGAUAAGGCCACUCGUUUAUCUGAGCUUCUCUGACCUCCUCCUGGGUAUAUACUGGCUCACUGAGGCACUUCUCUCUGGAACUUCAGCAGCCAAUAAGGACAUUGUCUGCUAUAACUUGCAAGCAGUUGGACAGAUAUUCUACAUUUCCUCAUUUUUCUACACUGUCAAUUACAUCUGGUACCUGUACAAAGAGCUGAGGAUGAAACCCCACCAGAGUGGACAGAGCACAGUUCCACUGGUUAUAGGUUAUACCUGUCGAGUUAGUCAAAUAGCCAUCAUUUUGUCAAGCCUGAUACCUCUACUAUUGAUGAUACCUGUAUUCUGUUUGGGCAAUGCCAGUGAAUGUUUCCGCAACUUCAGCCAGAGCCACAGGUGUAUCCUGAUGUACUCACCACCAACAGCCAUGGCUAAAGUCCUGCCUUCUGCCAACACAUCAGUGUGUAGCACACUUUAUUUUUAUGGGCUUAUCAUUUUCCUGGCCAGCUUUCUACUCAGCCUCCUCACCAUUGUGGUCUUACUCAUUCAAGCCCAGACACUUUAUAAGAAGUUUCUGAAAUCGACUGGCUUUCUGGGGAGUGAACAGUGGGCAGUGAUUCACAUUGUGGAGCAGCGAGUACGCUUCUACCCAGUGGCCUUCUUUUGCUGCUGGGGCCCAGCUGUCAUUCUGAUGAUCAUAAAGAUGACUAAGCCACAGGACACCAAACUUCACAUGGCCCUCUAUGUUCUCCAGGCUCUAACAGCAUCAUCUCAGGGUCUGCUCAACUGUGGAGUAUACGGCUGGACACAGUACAAGUUCUGUCAACUAAAGCAAGAGGCUCGGCAUGAUGCAGACACCCAGACACCAUUAUUAUGCUCACAGAAGAGAUUCUAUAGCAGGGGCCUAGAUCCAUUGGAGUCUACCAUUGCUUUUGCUACUAGCACCUCCACCAUUCUUUGA